AUGGACUAUUCCUAUGAUGAGGACCUGGACGAGCUGUGUCCGGUCUGCGGGGACAAGGUCUCCGGGUACCACUACGGGCUGCUCACCUGCGAGAGCUGCAAGGGCUUCUUCAAGCGCACGGUGCAGAACAACAAGCACUACACCUGCACCGAGAGCCAGAGCUGCAAGAUCGACAAGACCCAGCGCAAGCGCUGCCCCUACUGCCGCUUCCAGAAGUGCCUGACCGUGGGGAUGCGCCUGGAAGCUGUCCGUGCAGACCGGAUGCGUGGAGGGAGGAACAAGUUUGGACCCAUGUACAAGCGGGACCGUGCCUUAAAGCAGCAGAAGAAAGCUCUGAUCCGAGCCAACGGCUUCAAGCUGGAGAGCGUGCCUCAGAUCAUGUCCCCGGUGCAGAGUGACUACAGCCUGUCCUCCAGCAUCCACAGCAUCCACGCCAUGUCCAAGCCCCUGCCGCCCAACCCGGCCGCCCUGACGCCCGUGGACUACGAGCGCAGCCCCUACGGGACCCCAUCCCUGGGCAUGGCUGUGCCCGGGCACGCGCCCCUGCCCGCCUACCACUACCCCUCCUUCCCCAACCGCACCAUCAAGUCCGAGUACCCCGACCACUACACAGCCGCCCACGAGGCCGUGCCUGCCUACGUGUACCCAGAGACCUACCCCAGCAGCUCGCCCCCCGACAUCCCCGAGCUCAUCCUGAAGCUGCUGCAGCUGGAGCCCGACGAGGCCCAGGUGAAGGCACGGAUACUGUCCUGCCUGCAGCAGGAGCAGGGCAAGGGUCGGCACGAGAAGCUCAGUACCUUCGGCCUCAUGUGCAAGAUGGCCGACCAGACCCUCUUCUCCAUCGUGGAGUGGGCACGGAGCUGCAUCUUCUUCAAGGAGCUGGAGGUGGGUGACCAGAUGAAGCUGCUGCAGAACUGCUGGAGUGAGCUGCUGGUGUUUGACCACAUCUACCGGCAGCUGCAGCACGGCAAGGAGCACAGCGUGCUGCUGGUCACUGGCCAGGAGGUGGACAUGUCGGCCAUCGCAGCCCAGGCCGGCUCCAUCCUGAACACGCUGGUGCUGCGGGCGCAGGAGCUCGUCCUGCACCUGCACUCGCUCCAGGUGGACCGGCACGAAUUCGUCUGCCUCAAGUUCCUCAUCCUCUUCAGCCUCGACGUGAAGUACCUGGAGAACCACACGCUGGCCAAGGACGCGCAGGAGAAGGCCAACGCGGUGCUGCUGGAGUACACGGUGUGCCACUACCCGCACUCGGCCGACAAGUUCCGCCAGCUGCUGCUCUGGCUGGCCGAGGUGCGGGCGCUGAGCCUGCAGGCCGAGGAGUACCUGUACCACAAGCACCUCAGCGGGGAGGUGCCCUGCAACAACCUCCUCAUCGAGAUGCUGCACGCCAAGCGGACUUGA